AUGUCCAAAAUCUCAACGACCGACUUGAACAGCAAAAGCAGCGCUGGCACGACCGAUGUCGAGAAGCAACUCACCCAUGAGUCUCCGACCGUGCCAAUCGCAGCUCCAAAGACCCUGGGUGCUGGAACGGCGCUUCCAAUCGGGGUCUUCGCGACGACUUUGACCACGCUGUCACUCAGUCUCAUGGAAUGGCGAGGAGUGACCACAAACAAUGUCUUCGUUGCCAACUUCUUCUUUGCGGCGGCAUUCGGCAAGUUAUCGGAACUGACUGCACAGUGGGAGCUGUCCGUCGGUAACGGUUUCGCUUAUACGGUCUUCAGCGCUUUUGGUCUGUUCUACGCAGGCUUUGGUGCGAUCUUGACCCCUGCCUUCGGGGUUGAGGCAGCGUAUGGAGGCGAUGUGAAGCAAUACAACAACGCUCUCGGGUUCUUCAUGAUUAUGUGGACGGUCUUUGCGCUGGUAUUCCUCGUGGCCUCGUUGCCGACAAACCUGGUCUACAUCAUCAUCUUCUUCUGUGUCGAGCUAGGAUUUCUUCUAGUCUCGGCGUCUUAUUUUGCCACGGCAGAUGGAUACCCGACCUCGUCCGUCGCGCUCAAGAAAGGCGGUGGUGCGUUCUGUUUCUUGGCUGGAUUGACCGGAUGGUAUCUGACGUUCGCGUUGCUGCUCAAAGAUUCUAUCGUUGAGCUGCCACUCGGCGACACUUCCCGGUUCUUCGCGAAGAGAAAGGCGGAAUAA